GUGUUUGGUCGCCAGCAGCCAAUAACACAACCAGUCUCUCUUGAGACGUCGUGGAGAAAGGAUUGUGUUUUGUAAAUGUGCACGACUGCUGAGUGACGAUAUUUCUCCACAAUGUGGCGAUUGUGUUUGAUUUUUCUUACAUUAGGAUUCGCCAUCGACGCACAAAGAAGAAAUUAUUCACAGUUCCCUUGCCCUUCGAGAUGUGUAUGCUUCAGAAGAACAGUGAGAUGCAUGCAACUGGAGCUGACUGAAGUCCCAAAAGCACCACUGCCCACAGUCAUGUUAGAUCUACGAUUUAACAAGAUUAGAGAUAUCGUUCCUGGCAGUUUCAAAGGCCAUAAAUCCUUACGAUCCCUUCUACUUAACAACAACUCCCUGAAAAGCUUGAAAAAUGGGAUUUUCACUGGCCUUGUGCAACUUCGACAUCUCUAUCUUUAUAAAAAUAGGAUAAAAUAUAUUGAAGAUGAAGUUUUUCACGGACUACCCAAACUAGAACAUUUAUACUUGCACAAUAACGAAUUAGAAGAAUUUAAAAGUGGAACUUUUUCAAACAUCCCGCAGCUGGACCGACUAUUUCUUUACAACAACCACAUAAGCCAUAUCCCAACAGGUGCCUUCCAAAAUCUGCCAAAACUAACUCGAUUACGGCUCGACCAAAACGCUCUGGUCUGUGAUUGCCGAAUCGCAUGGUUCGCGAAAAUGCUAAACGAUAACACCAUCCACGUCGCUGCCAACUGUCGUUACCCCCAUGAAAUGUAUGGAAAACCUCUCAAAGGGAUGACCACGCAUGAUUUUCAUUGUAAAGCACCAGAAAUCAUGGAAGGACCUCAAGACGUUGAAAUUUCAUGGGGGAGCACUGCUGUAUUCACUUGCAGAGUCACUGGUGACCCAAAACCGUCCAUUUUUUGGAUGCGUGAUGACAAGGAAAUUGAGAUGAACAACGACAAGUAUGACAUUAUGGAGAAUGGAUCGUUGGUGAUUAAACACACUGAUGAGAGUGACAGUGGACACUAUGAAUGUAUGGCGAAGAAUGAGGAUGGAGAGGUCAAGUCUAGACCUGCUAGGAUGAUUCUGGUACGGCCAGAUCAACAAUUCCGGGGUGAAAAUGGUAGUCCAGUAUUUCUUGUAACUCCUGUCAGUAUUACAACAAGUGAAUCAGAUCCUUCAAUUAAUCUACAUUGUAAAGCUUUUGGUAACCCCCAUCCUACCAUAACUUGGUCUCGCAAUGGGAUACAACUGACGACAUCUCAGAGGCAUUUUAUUGACGAAGAUGGGACUCUAGUGAUUCGACCAGUUAAAGCAAGUGAUCAUGGUACUUACCGAUGCGAUGCUACUAAUUCGAAUGGAAGGAUUAGUGCAGAAGCGGAUGUGAUAGUAAAUGUUGCUCCAGUUUUCACCGCCCAUCCCCAAAACACAGAAACAAACCCUGGUUCCAACGUCAAAUUAGAAUGUGUUGCUGUCGGAUCACCUCCUCCUGAGAUCACUUGGUUCAAAGACGACUUAGAAGUACGCUCCAAUGGCCGACUUUUCAUCUCCGAGGACGGAAGCUACUUAGAGAUCCGCAACGCCAAAGAAUCAGACUCAGGCCUCUACAUAUGCGAAGCAAGAAACCACAUCGGUUUUCGCGAAGUAAGCGCAAAAGUCCAAAUAACAUCACUUGCCCGAAAACCACCAAAAUUCAUCUACAAGCCUUACAACAUUGAAGCUUUGGUUGGUAGUACCAUUGAGUUGCCUUGCAAAGCAGACGGUGACCCUACUCCUGGGAUACAAUGGCAGAAAGAUGGGUCCAGUUUACAAAGAACUGGACGUACCAAAGUCUCACUUACUGGAAAUUUGUACAUCUAUGGAGUCGUUCCAGAUGAUCAAGGGCGGUACGAGUGUGCUGCUAUUAAUGAUUAUGGGAGAAGUACUGCGUCUUGUUACGUAACUGUGAAAGAGAACCAGAAUCCAACUGAUUUCGGAAUUGGGGAUAAAUUUGUCAAAAUUGCCUUCGAUGAAGCCUCACACGAGGUGGACAAAGCAAUAAAUAAGACUAUUGAUAAUUUAUUUAAUCACAAGGGUCCACACACUUCUGCUGAGUUGUUUCGAUUGGUUAGAUUCCCCGAUGCUCCAGCACGUGAAUUAGCUCGGGCUGCAGAGGUUUAUGAACGCACUUUAGUGAACAUCCGGAAACACAUAGAACAAGGAAUGACUAUGAACGGAAGUUACGAUUUUAACUACAGGGAAAUCCUUUCCCCUGACCAUUUGAAUCUAGUCGCGGAAUUGUCGGGUUGUAUGACACACAGACUGGCACGGAAUUGCUCCGAUAUGUGCUUCCACUCCAAAUACCGUACCAUUGAUGGUACUUGUAAUAACUUGCAACACCCCAUGUGGGGGGCUUCUUUAACCGGUUUUCGGCGAAUCCUCAAACCCAUCUACGAAAAUGGUUUCAGUACUCCUGUUGGUUGGAACAAAGACACGAAAUAUUACGGGUAUCCAAAACCCAGCUCUAGAUUAGUCUCAACUACGCUUAUUGCGACAAGCAAGAUCACCCCAGAUAGUGAAAUAACCCAUAUGGUGAUGCAAUGGGGUCAAUUCCUUGACCAUGACCUCGACCAUGCUAUACCUUCAGUUAGUUCCGAAAGUUGGGAUGGAAUCGAUUGUAAGAAAUCGUGCGAUUAUGCCGCCCCGUGCUACCCUAUGGACGUCCCCCCCAACGAUCCAAGAGUCACAAAUCGACGUUGCAUCGAUUUUAUCAGAUCUUCAGCCAUUUGUGGCUCCGGCAUGACUUCUGUCUUCUUCGACAACAUCCAACAUCGCGAGCAAAUCAACCAGUUGACUUCGUACAUCGACGCGUCUCAAGUGUAUGGAUUUUCGGAGGAAUUAGCAAGGGAUUUGCGUGAUUUGAACAGUGACGGAGGACGGCUUCGUGAAGGUGCCGUUUUUCCCGGUCGCAAACCCUUGCUUCCUUACGCCGGAAACCAGGGAGUUGACUGUCGGAGAAACCUUUCCGAGAGUACCGUCAACUGCUUUGUUGCUGGUGAUAUUCGUGCAAACGAGCAAGCUGGACUCAUUGCCAUGCAUACUUUAUGGAUGCGGGAACACAAUCGAGUGGCGCGAGAGUUGAAACAGCUGAACCCACAAUGGGACAGCGAUACCGUCUACCAGGAGUCUCGUAAAAUCAUAGGUGCAGCAAUGCAACACAUAACGUACAAUCACUGGCUCAAGUUUAUUAUUGGAGAGGAAGGAAUGCGGCUUCUCGGUGACUAUAAAGGUUAUGAUCCGACUAUAAACCCGAGCAUAUCGAAUGUCUUCGCGACCGCGGCUCUCCGUUUCGGUCACACUCUCAUUAACCCGGUUUUGCAUCGACUGGAUUGGGACUUUAAACCGAUCCGAGAAGGUCAUUUGCCUCUCCGCAAGGCCUUUUUCUCGCCUUGGCGCAUAGUCGACGAAGGGGGCAUAGACCCUCUCCUCCGAGGCCUUUUCACCGUCCCUGCCAAAGUCAAGAAACCCGACGAGAAUUUAAACACGGAACUCACAGAACAACUGUUCAAAACAGCACAUGCCGUCGCUCUGGAUUUAGCCGCGAUGAAUAUCCACCGGUCCAGAGACCACGCUAUUCCAGGCUACAUCGAGUUUCGCAAGUUUUGCAACAUGACCCAAGUCGACAGUUUCGAGGAUCUCAGGAAUGAAAUCACCGAUCGCACAGUCUUACGAAAGUUGCAAGACUUGUAUGGCCAUCCUGGGAACAUCGAUGUGUGGGUUGGGGGAGUUUUGGAAGACCCGGUUGAGGGUGGCCGAGUUGGGCCGCUCUUCCAGUGUCUUUUGAUCGAGCAGUUUAGACGACUGAGGGAAGGAGAUCGGUUCUAUUACGAGAAUCCGUCUGUUUUUAAACCCGAACAACUCGUGCAAAUCAAGCAGUAUUCGCUGAGUCGUGUCUUGUGCGAUAACGGGGAUAAUAUUACUCGCGUUUCCAAAAACUCGUUUAUUUUGCCGGAACUUCAAGGGGGAUUUAGCCAAUGUGAAGAAAUUCCGAAAGUUGAUUUGAGUUUGUGGUCGGAGUGCUGCAGCGAUUGCCGCUAUUCGGGUCAGCUGAAUACUAUUAGUCGAUUGAAUGCCCGGAAUCGGCGACAUUUGGAUGAAGAGGGGCGUUUGUUGUACGCAAAUUCGACUGUCAACGAUGGUUAUUUCGAGGAAAAUAAAAAGUUGAAGAAGAGGAUUAUUAAAAUGGAGAAAGAUUUGACUAAUAUGAAAGAUACAAUACAGGAAUUGGAGAGAGUUAUUAGAAAGUUGGAGAAACAGAAUUAAAGUGAGAAUAAUAUUUUUAGAAAUGUACGAUAAUUGCUGCCAUCGUUUCGCUGUUAAGUCUAGAUUUAAUUUUUAGCACUGUACUGCCAAGGUUUACUUAAAUUUCACCUAAAUUUACGCAUUUCUUUCUUGUGAUAAACUAACAAUACGUACCUACCUAAUCGAAUUGUUGUAAAAAUACAUAAAUAAAUAAUAAAAUUAAAA